CCUAUGCAGAAGAAUAAAUGGUAAUUAAAAUGUGCAGGAUGAAAAGAUGGAGCAGUCAGUGCUUGUACCACCAGGACCAGACAGCUUCCAGUACUUCACUAGAGAGUCUCUUGCAGCUAUUGAGCAGCGCAUUGCUGCAGAAAAAGCUAAGAACCCUAAACAAGAUCGUAAAGACGACGAUGAAAAUGGGCCAAAGCCAAACAGUGACUUGGAGGCCGGAAAAACACUUCCGUUCAUUUACGGCGACAUACCUCCAGGAAUGGUGUCUGAGCCCUUGGAGGACAUGGACCCAUAUUAUAUCAAUAAAAAAACCUUUAUAGUAUUGAAUAAAGGGAAGGCAAUCUUCCGAUUCAGUGCCACUUCUGCCCUGUACAUUUUAACUCCUUUCAAUCCUCUUAGAAAAAUAGCUAUUAAAAUUUUGGUACAUUCAUAUCCUUUCUCAGUGGUUGUUCAAAAUGUUGUUCUUAAAAAUUAA